AUGAUACCCCAUGAUGGAGUUGUCCACCAUCCUUUCGGUGGUGGGUCGUAUUAUUUCAAACAGAACCUCAUGAGAUACCUGAAUGAACAAUGCACUCGGCCGAGGAUCGCUGUCCACAUUGGGUCGCAGCCAAACAGCAGCCCGCACCUUGGCAAUAUGACUACCUUUGCCACAGGAUUUGCCCUCGCCGCUGCUCUGAAGACCAAGUUUGGGCGUGAGAUUAGGGCCAAGUUCGUCUAUGUGGAGAGCGCCCCGACUCCAGGAGAGGAGAUCGUGAUCGCGGGGGUCCGAUAUCAGAAGAGCCUCAAACACACCGGAGAUUUUGGAGCCAACCAAACGCCAUUCCGAAAGGUGCUGGACCAAUUGUCUAACCUUUCGGGUAUACCGUAUGACAUUGAAACACAACAUAUCUGGCGCUCGAAUCCGGCGUUUUCUGUCAUCCUUCGGAACAUCGUGGCCCACCAUCAGAAGCUUGGCUCACAUCUGUCACCAGAAACAGGCAAGCUCGCUAUUCGUGCAUCAUGUCCGCGGGAAGGAUGCGGGCUAGCAGAUAAACAUGGUGUAAACAAUCAAUACCAUCAAGACGGGCGGGCCACGUUUGUGUGUCCUGAUCAUGGAGAUUACCACGUUGAUCUCACAUCCCCACGAGAUCUGGAACGGCUGGAGUUCAAUACCCCACUACGCAAUCUCAUUCGGAUCCUUAUCUGCAGUCAAGAUUCAGACACGUCGUGGAUUAUGUGUACUGGAUCAGACUACGCCGGUUUCUACCAAGAACAGCUGACAUGGCGGCUCCUAGAGCAUCCGGGAAAUGCCCCGAUAAUCUUCUAUGCCCCGCUGGUCCUCGAUUGGUCCGGAGUCAAGCUCUCGAAGAGCCUGUAUAUCAAGCAAGGUGCAUAUAAGUACCUAUGCGAUGCAGGUCGCAGCUACAUGCUAGAUGCAGACACAUUUUUGAAGACGGAAGGUGGGCUCGAGGCGCUGUUUGAGGAGGUCCAGGAUUGGGUAGAGAAACCAUAUAUGCUCUUCAGGAGCUACACGAUUGAUUAUCUUGACAGGCAACUGAUAUCGCGGGGAAUGAAACUGCCCCGGGAGAAUGGGCUUUGCUUAGACCACUAG